CGGCAGCCGCCGCGCUCCGCCGCUCUCCGCCGCCAGGGCCGGCGCGGAGCGGAGAUGGUGCCGCUGGUGCGGGGCAGCGGGGGCUCCCACCGGUGGCUGGCCGUCCUUCUCCUCGGCCUUUGCUGGCUCCUGCCUCCCGGGAGAUUGGCCGCGCCGGGCGGAGACUUCCCGGGCUCUGCCGUGGACAGCCUGGUGGUCAGGAAGGGGGACACGGCCGUGCUGAGGUGCUACCUGGAAGAUGGAGCCUCCAAAGGGGCCUGGCUGAACCGCUCCAGCAUCAUCUUCGCGGGCAGCGACAAGUGGUCGGUGGAUCCGCGCGUGUCCAUCGCCACGGCCAACCGCAGGGAGUACAGCCUGCAGAUCCAGGACGUGGACGUGACCGACGACGGCCCCUACACCUGCUCCGUGCAGACCCAGCACACGCCCAGGACCAUGCAGGUGCACCUGACCGUGCAAGUCGCUCCCAAGAUAUUCCGCAUCUCCGGCGACAUCGUGGUGAACGAGGGCAGCAACGUCACCCUGGUGUGCCUGGCCACGGGGAAGCCAGAGCCCUCCAUCUCCUGGAGACACAUCUCCCCCUCGGCCAAGCCCUUUGAGAGCGGGCAGUACCUGGACAUCUACGGGAUCACCAGAGACCAGGCUGGGGAGUACGAGUGCAGCGCAGAGAACGACGUCUCGGUCCCAGACGUGAAAAAAGUCAAAGUCACAGUAAACUUCGUCCCCACAAUUCAGGAGCUCAAAUCCAGCGGCGUGAUGCUCGGAGGGAACGGCCUGAUCCGCUGCGAAGGUGCAGGAGUGCCUGCCCCGGUCUUUGAGUGGUACAGAGGAGAGAGGAAACUGAUCAAUGGGCAACAAGGAAUCACUAUUAAAAAUUAUAGUACAAGAUCCCUUCUUACUGUUACCAAUGUGACAGAAGAGCACUUUGGCAACUAUACUUGUGUCGCUGCCAACAGGCUAGGGACGACCAAUGCCAGCCUGCCUCUCAACCAAAUUAUUGAGCCUACUACCUCUAGUCGUGUCUCGAGCCCAGCUCCCAGCACAGCCCAGUACGGGAUCACCGGGCACGCCGAGGUGCUCUUCUCCUGCUGGUCCCUGGUGCUGACGCUGUCCUCGCUCAGCAGCAUAUUCUACCUGAAGAACAUCCUUCUGCACUAAAUGCAAAGACCAUAAAAGGCUUUUAAGGAUUCUCUGGAAGUGCUGAUGACUGGAUCCAAUCUGGUAGAGUUUGUUAAAAGCGGCGUGGGAUAUAAUCAGUGCUUACAUGGGGAUGAUCGCCUUCUGUAGAAUUGCUCAUUAUGUAAAUACUUUAAUUCGACUCCUUUUUUUUGAUUAGCUGCAUUACCUUGUGGAGCAGUACACAUUGUCCUUUUUUAAGACGUGAGAACUCUGAAAUUACUUUUAGAGGAUAUUAAUUGUGAUUUCAUGUUUGUAAUCGACAAGUUUUCAGAAGCAUUCAGUCAUGGUCUGCUGAGUCGCAGACUGUAGUUUACAAAACAAGGAUAUUGCAGUAAAAAUGUGCUUCUUUAAGGCUGCAAUACAAACAUUCAGUUCCCUUCUCAACUAGCAUUCUCUCCAAACUUACACGAAAAACAUUUGUUCUUUUUUGAGUCAAAAAAAAAAAAAUCAAAUAAUAUUGCCUUCAAAAUAUUUCUUCAAAAUAUUACACAUAUCUAGAUUUUCUUCUAGCAUGAUAUUCAGGUUUCAAGAAUGAGCCUUGUACUAUAACUGCGUUGUGCAGUACUGCUUUUGUUCUCUUCCCUCUUUCCUGCCAAUUCAGCAUGGUUGUGCCUUCAUGAAACACGACUUUCCUCUUCCUCUCCAA